AACCUUAUAGGGAGCGUGUGCAGUGCAGUUGUUGUCGACUGAUAGUUUUAAACACAUCGUGUGCUAACUCAAAAGUGUACUGUAGGCCUAAUAUGUAUUGAAGUGCAAAACCUUAUCUGUAUGUAUGUUAGAGGAAUAUUCACGUUAAGUUUUGCCCGCACAUCCUUUAAACAAAACGUGCUCAACGAUAGUUCUACUUUCGGUUUCACUUCCAUUUCCCUGAAAAGAUUCUUGAGAAACCUCUGCAGCAUGCCUCCCAGGAAGAGGAAAGCAGUUUCUGGGGCCGGGGCAAGCCCAGCCAAGAAAGCAAAAGCAGCGUCUGCUGGUCAGACAGAGGAUCAUUACAGUGAGGACAAGAAUUAUGUGUUUUUCUAUGGUAACAAGUGUGUGUUCAGUCAGUUUCAUCCGGCAAAGUUCCGUGAUUCUGAGGGACGACAGUAUAACUGUAUGGAGCAAUACAUGCACUUUCACAAAGCAGUGACCUUUAAAGAUGGAAAGAUGCAGAAAGCAAUUAUGGAAAUUAGUGACCCCAAAACCCAGAAGAAGUGUGGACGUCAGGUGACAAACUUUGACCAAAAAGUCUGGGGCAGGGAGUCCAUGAGAAUUGUAAAGGAGGGAAGCAAGUUGAAGUAUAACCAGAAUCCAGCAAUGAAGAUGAUCCUUUACAAGACUCGCCCUAAACAGCUAGUGGAGGCAAGCCCCAGGGACAGACUUUGGGGGGUAGGGAUGGGACAGAAUAAUCCCAACAUACAUGACCCCAAAUGUUGGCGGGGAAAGAACCUGCUGGGUAUUGUGUUAACAGAAACCCGGGAUGAGCUAAUGAAAGCAGACGGCAUGUUUGAGACAGGGGAGACAUCUGGGGAGAAAAGUGAAGUCAAAAGCAAUAAAGGGGAGGUUAAAAUUGAGGUGAAGAAAGAUAAAGGGGAGGUAAAAUGUGAGAAGAAUGAUAAAAUGGAGGUAAAAAGUGAGGUGUCAAGAGAUAAAGGGGAUUUAAAAAGUGAAAUGAGGGAUGAAAGAGAGGUUAAGCAUGAGGGAAAGAGAGAAAAAGCUGAUGUAAAAAGAGAGAAUAGUGAUAAAAGGGAGGUUAAAAUUGAGGUACAGAGUGAUAAAAGGUUAGAAAGUGGGGCAAAGAAAGAUAACAGGGAGGCAAAAAGUGAGGUUAAACAGGUUGGAGGAAGUGAGUUGAAGAGAGAUAAAGCAGAGGUUAAAAGUGGGCCAAAGAGUGAUAAAAGGGAGGUAAAAAGUGAGGAGAAUAGUGGUAAGGGAGAGGUAAAAACUGGGAUGAAGAGUGAUGGAGAGGAAAAAAAGGAGGUGAAAAGUGAUAAAGGGGAGGUAAAAAGUGAGAUGAAGAGUGAUGAAAAGGAGGUAAAAAAUUAAGUGAAGAGUGACAAUUGGGACGUAAAAAGAAAGUGAGAUGAAGAGUAAUGGAGGGGAGGCAAAAAAUGUAAUGAAGAGUGACAAUGGGGAGGCAAAAUGAGGUGAAGAGUGAAAUAUAGAAGAUAAUUAUGAUAGGACACUUUUUUGAUGUCCUGUAUCACGUUUAGCUCAUUGUGUAAAUAUGUGCAUGUUUAUACUGAUACAGGUGGUAAGAAAAUAGUUCUUUUUUUUGUAAUUUUCCUUUCAUAAUAUGCCUCCUUCCAAUAAUUCUGUAUUUUAAUGCUGUUUGUAGUUCUUACAGAAAAAACUGCACUCUUAUAACUCUGACUGUAAAAUUCCUCUUAGAAGUGAUGUAUUUCUUUGUAGCUUACUGUAUAUAGCCUUUUAUAGGAUUUCUGAUUCCAUACAAAAUGUACAUUGCUGACAUCAUAUAUCAACACUUAUAGGAAAUGAAACUUGAACAUUAACCUCUCAUUAGAUUGGAGAUUAGUAAGUGCAAGGGUAUAUGAGCCACAUGGCUCAUUAAUAGUUAAUGGGGAGGUAAAAGGUGAUAAAGGGGAUGUAGAAACUGAGGUUAAGAUAAAAUUGGAAAAUGAUUUUUCCAGUGAUUUAGAAAAUCUUUUAAACUUCUAUUCAUAAAAUAAUUGUCAUUGGCACAUCAUAUUCUUGGCAAUGUUUCCGUAGCAACCACUGCUCUCGUUAUGACUUAAUAAAAAUAGAAAACCGAUACCUUAUCCACUCACCCACAGGAACCUUUUGGUGGUGUUAGUAGUUUAUACUUUUAGCACAUUGAAGGGUCAGUUCAACCACCGCACACCUAUCCUGGGCAGAACCAGUACUAGGUGCCUUCACCUCUGCAAGGAACUGACAACUUCUGUACAUGCCAGGGGCAGUGGUACAGUGCAAAUGGUCGUAGAAAGGAUUUCAUAACCAAUCACAACAGAAGUGACCUUGUCCGCCCGGGAAUCGAACCCCGGGUUAUCCGAUUCAGAGUCCAACGCUCUACUGAUUGAGCUAACCGGGUGGACCUUUUCACGGGAACCUUUAAUAAGCUGAUGGAUAUUUAUACCUUUUUUGAAAACAUUGGUAGCAUCAUGUGAUAAUGUAAUUCAACCAAUUGCAAUUGUUUGGUUAUAAAUUAUGCAAUUGUGGACUUAAAAGACAAUAUUUUAGCAUAUAUCAACAUUUGUUGGGUUCCUGACAGCAGUAUCUUAGUUUUAACACUUCUAAUGAUUUGCCACACUUUAUUUCGUAAUAGAAAAAAAGCAACGUAAAAAGUGGAUUUUACAUACUAUGAACGAGUCCCUUAAGGCAACUGUAGUAAUAUCAAUAUAAACUUUUCAGGAUUACUUACCGAAAUGUCAUUUGAUUGAAACAAACACAAUAAAACAUUGAAAGCAAAUGUAUGUCCGAUGGCCCGAAAUUGCGCGAUGCAGCUCAUAUGCUAAUAGGUACGUUAUUUUAUGAAAAAAAUGUUGAUGUUAUGUCCAUUCAUCUGCUCUUCUGUGUGCACGCUUGUUUACAUUUAUUGCCCUUGAAUACUGACACUUGUUGUUUAAUCCAUUCAUAUCUAACAUAUUUUUAAAAAAAAAUCUGUGAAAAAGAUGAUUUAUGAAUAAUAAUUAUUAAAUCAUAGAAAUGA